CGUUGCUUGCCUGCUUCCGUGAAUAGUAAAAAGAGGCAGCAGUGCUUCAGUCAGAGCAGAGGAAGGCAGCUGAACCUCACGCACGAGAACACACACACUGCAACAGCGAGUCAACUAGCGAUAUGGUCAGGGGAUCAACCGUCAGUGGCUUGGGAAAUCCACACCUAACCACCAGAUGAGGAUGUUAAGAUGCCAGUCCACAGACUCACUCCCAUCCUGCUGUGCUUGUUACCCAUGUGGGGAAUCCUGACGCCGGGCUCGAGUCAUCCACAGCACAGCCGAUGCCAGCUGAUACAAAGAACGGCUCUCUGCAACAAUGGCAAGCUUUCCUUUGUGCCUGCAGGACUGCCAGACAGCCUAGAGGAGCUUCAGCUCAACUACAAUCACAUUCAAACACUACAGAACAGCUCUCUCCUCCGUUACCCUGCACUAACCACCCUGAGCUUAGCAUGUAAUAGUUUGGAGAAGUUAGAACCAAACACUUUUCAAGACUCAAAGUUGAUAGAAAGCCUUAAUUUAGCAAAUAACAAUCUUCAUAUUGGCUACCAAGAAACCAGCCUCGCGCUCAGGACUCUGCCCAGGCUCAGAGCUCUGGAUCUCUCUGAGAAUGAGCUCACUGAUGAAAUGGCCGCCACUCUCCUCCAAAAUCUGACCUCCCUGGAGUACCUUAAUCUUUCUGGAAACUUCUUGAUGAGACUAGAUGAGACGUCGUUCAGGGAUCUUCAUCAACUCAAAGAGCUCGACCUACAGAGAAACAGCAUGUAUGAGAUCGAUGGUGCCUUCGACAGCAACCCCAAGCUCCAGAGACUAAACCUGGCCUUCAACUCUCUGCUUUGCCUAAUAGACUUCCACAUGGCCCAGCUUGUGGUCCUCAACGCCAGCCACAACUACAUUGAGUGGUUCAUCUCCAGGCCAGACCUUAACGACACUUUCCAGCUAGAGACACUUGAUCUAUCACAUAACAAACUGCUUUUCUUCCCUUUCCUGCCUAAUGACAACCACUUGCGCAAUCUUUACCUAUCCCACAACAGCAUUAGGUUUUACGAACACUUGGCAGACAACAACACAUACCCGAACUUGACUACAACUGUUGAGUUCUACAAUAUGAAGAAGUACACAGGCAACGUGACGGCUCAGCUGUGGGACGACAGCCUUCAUGGUGACAUCUCCUCUUUGGAGAUUUUGGAUCUAAGAGGAAACCAGGUGGAGUACUUUCCUCAAGGAUUCAUCCAGAAAAUGCCUGUCCUGUCCAGACUUCAAAUGUGCACGAACUGUCUGGAAACCUUAGAUCUCACAUCGGAGCAGUUCCCUGGCAGCUUGUAUGAGUUGGACAUUAGCAACAACAGGCUGAACCAGAUUGUAGCAGAUAGGGGUACGCUGAUCACUCUUGGUAAUCUGACGUACCUUAACCUUAGUCUUAACGCUCUCGAGGAGUUACCCUUGGGAUUUUUUUCCUCGUUGCCAAGCCUCAGGUCAGCGGAUCUCAGUUACAACAUCAUUGACAUUUGUCCUGCUGAGGAGGCUGAAACCAGUACAGACACUAGCUCUGGUUGCGCAGAUUGGACAAACAUUGUAUCUCUAACGCAGCUUUAUCUUAAGGGCUGCAACCUUCAAAGAAUUCCAUCGUCUGCAUUUGCUGGGUUGUCUUUAACGCACUUGGAACUGUCCGACAACCCUGGACUCAUUGUCGAUGAAUCAAUACAAAGUCUCAGCAGAACGUUACAGCAUCUAGGUUUAGGAAACACUCACAUACAAGACUUUGACUUCUCCCAUUUCCAAAAUUUGAAGUAUUUAAACAUUUCACAUAACUCUCUUGCCCACCUCCCCCCUUCACUUCUAAAACUUGAACUGAAAGUGCUGGAUUUGAGGGACAACAGACUAUCCACUAUUCCCUCAGGUCACGCCAACGCAUUAGCCCCGAAACUGCACACUGUCUUCCUCACAGGAAAUCCGUUCAACUGCUGCCAAACCGAGUGGUUCAGGACAUUUGAAUCAACAAAGACAAUCAAUAUAGUCGGACAAUCAGACAUCAAGUGUGAGGAUCUCAUCCAAACGACACACAGAAUAGAGCACUCUCAGUCAUUUUUGUGUUUGGAGAUGGGCGGGGAAUCUGUACUCUGGUACAUUCUGCUUUUUUUACCCAUCUGUCUUUCAUUCGUGGGCAUUUCGGUUAUUGUUCUCCUCACAUUUAAGCCCUCAAUAAUACAAAAGUCAAUCAAAAAGAAGUGCUUGAAGCCGACGUCUUACUGAUACUUUAUAAACUCCAAACAAAACCACACUGUGUACCGUAUGCUGUUGAGAAAUGUAACUGAAUGUAUGUUGGAAAUAAAGUCACUGUAAAAGUGUUGACGAUGAAGUGAAGUGCGGUUAAAAACCAGACAACAAUCCUGAUAACCUGAUGUAAAAAUGUGGCUGCAGUCUUGUGGGACUUGUGUGUGUGAGAGUGUGUGUGUGUGUGUGUGUGUGAACAUAUGCAGAAGUAGUUCGAUGCAAGCUGUUGCUAUAAGCAGCAGAGGAAACAUGAAAUUUCCUGUUUUGCUAAGAUGUGCAGCAACUGCCCAGUUCUGUAUCUCAAAGAGGAGGGCUCUGAGGUUUCCUUCCCAUCAGAGAAGCACAGAUGCAACAUAGACAUCAAAUUCCAGUGUGUCAGUGCUCCUGAGGAGCUGGUUUGGACCUUUCUAUUGAUACUUGCUCAUCUAUUUUGCCGUGCACUCAGCAGCAAUGCAAUAAAACACUGUUAAGUUCAAGCAUUUUUUUACAGAUAUUAUCAGAAACAUUGCAAAGCAACAGCGUCGUCUAGCAUGGAGGGCAACAGCAAUGCAUUUCUCUACCUGUGUGUGUAUGUGGGUAGUUGCUCGGGAGUGGGAAGGCUGGUAGAUCAGUGUGUAGCUGUGCAGUGUGCUGGAGGCCUAACCAGAAAGUAACCAGAAUACCGCUGUGGUGAUGCUCAGGGUCAUGGUGGUUGGAACAUAAAAAGAGAAACCGGAGCGAAGCUGUGUCAAAGCCUAGAAACACUCUAAUUUUUACCCAUCUUUGAGGACAUUAGGUUAUCAGUCAGAGAGCCAAAACAUGUUUUCUGGUGUUCAUCUGCAGAGCAGGGAGGAUCAGUUAUGAGCAUGUACUUGGAUUCAACUCAGGGCACCAGCUGACUACAGAUACAGGAACAGGUCUGUGACUUGAAGGUUUCUGCUUGAGUACCUUUAAACACCUUCAAUUCAUUAAUAAGCAGUGUGAACAAUAACUCAUCCUGCACUUCUGGGUUCAUUUUGAAGCAACUUGACACCAAUGUAAGCCGUCGUUGAAGAAAGAGUGCCGGCAGCUACUGUGCUUAAGGGUGCAAAUUGAGGUUUUCAGUUUCUAAUAGGAAACAGCAGCCGAUAUAAAAUAAAGAUGUGAACUCAAAAGGUUGACCUGGAGCGACAAAAUGCUUCUGACGAAAUGGCUCAAGAGUCCGAUCACAUUGGGAAAGACUUGCUGCCAAGAAAUCAUCAUUUGCGGAAGGCGCUUUGCAUCCGGUCACAGAUUGUUGACCAAGAGGAAUUUUAUUUGAUUACUCAGCUAUAUUAGGUCAAAAGUUAGAAGACAACUACGGGGCAUUCGCACAACAUGGCGGACAAACUUAACAUGGUGUAUAAAUGCAUUCGAUGUGAUUGCACAAGCCACAUUCAGUGGUGGUCAGGGAAGCAAGCGCGACCACAGACAAACUAUACACAUGAUAGGACCGCCCAGCUAAGUUUGCGGCGUGCACAUAGCACAACGAACUUGGAAGCUUUUUUGAAUUUGCAAAACAGUUCGGCUGUGGUUAUUUGCUCCGUACUUGAACUACAUUACCAAAUAUACACCACAACACUCUGAGCAAGUGAUGUGGCAAAAGUGAAACGGGCUUCUUUUUUUUCUUUCAAGUAGUGGUCACAGUUUCUCACAGAUAAAUACACAUGUGAACGGAGAAGUGAAAUGUGACCUGAAAUGAUCAAAUGAGGUUCUUUUUAGGUGCAUUCUGACAGCAGGUGAGCACUGUGGUAACUUUGAGCUAGAUCUAUGUACAAUCUAGAUACAGCAUAUCCGGGUACAUUAUACCAGAAGUGGUCAGGGUGACUGUAAAUGCGUUCCUGGUUGCACUGAGGGGAGCCAUGACAACCAAUUCUACUGUUGAUUAUGAACUGUAUCUUCUGAAUAUGAUUCUGGGAAACAUCUAGCGUGGGUUCACCGGGUUGAGUGUAAACCGUAGAAAAGGUGUAUGUAUGUAUGUAAUUGGUCUUAUCUGUGAUGUCAUUGAGGUGCCAUUUUGGAGGUGUAGCUACAGUGACUGGUACAGUAAACAACACAAAUAAGUAAGUUAUCCAACCUAUUAAACUGUCAAUCUGGAGAAACACAAACACAAAUAUCGUACUUCUUUCUUACCAUAUACAAUUAAUGUCUAAAGUUAGGUACAUUACUUCCACUUAUAUGACUAAUAUUACACAGGUCCACCACUAAAUUUGGUGUCAUAUUUUACUCAGUAGAAGUCCCAUUUAAUAAAUCAGUGGUUAAAAAAUGUGUAUACAGCGUUG